ACUAUUACAAAUCCUUACAACAAAAACAUCUCUCCAUCUAUAACUGUCUGCUUGGUUCCUUUCUGCAGCAAAACAGCAGCUGUGGUUGCCUUGUAGGAUUUGUGAUUCAAAAGAUCAAAAAAUGCCACUGAUAAGAAGCUCAUCAACAGCAAUCUUAAACUCAUGGUUACCCAACUCGAAAGACUGUUCAUCACUUGACCCAAACUUUCAGGCUCUCCAAAGAACUAGAUCAGUCUCCUUUAGUGCUCCAUCAUCUUCCAUUGAUGAUCGUAAACAUAAACUCAGUAUCCCAAAACCAAGAAAAAAGGAGGGCAAACCCAUGAUGCCAACACCUCACUCUCUUGAGGUUGACAACCAAGCAGGGCACGAAAGUGAUGAUCAAGAAGAAGAUUCAGAACCCGAGUCUUGUUUGAUCCAAAGACUAUUUUCAACCUCUGGGUUAGGUGAAAGAGUAGUUGAUGACGGUGAAGGUAAUGAGGAUGGUAAUGUACAAGGAAAUGAUGGUGGUAAAUUCAGCGGAUGUGGUGGCUCAGGGUUUUUUGAGAGCAAUACUCAUGGGAGGGAUACUGAUGGCACUGAUGUUUACUACCAGAAAAUGAUUGAAGCAAAUCCUGGCAAUCCGCUUUUGCUCGGGAAUUAUGCCAAGUAUUUGAAGGAGAUUAGAGGGGAUUUUGCCAGAGCAGAGGAGUACUGUGGGCGAGCGAUUUUGGCAAAUCCCUACGAUGGAAGUAUUUUGUCUCUGUAUGCCGAUCUAAUUUGGAAAAAUCAAAAGGAUGCUCAUAGAGCAAAAAGUUAUUUUGAUCAAGCUGUCAAUACUUCCCCAGAUGACUGCUUUGUCCUGGCUUCUUACGCAAAAUUUCUUUGGGAUGCGGAAGUAGAAGAAGAAGAAGAGGAUGGCGAGAGUAGAGAAGCAGCUGAGCGUGAGCAUAUCCAUAUGCAUCCUCCAGGUUUCAACCUUCGGCCUCCUCAGCACCCUUCCAUAACUGCAGCUUCAUAACGUAUAUGUAUCAGUGUACGUACAGCAGCUUCGACUUAGCAAUAGUUGGUCAUCCUAUGCUACUCUCGGGUUCGAGUGUCACGAUAUGUGGAAGACAUUCGAAGCAUCUCGAUAUCCAUAUGUCGGACCAUGAGCAUUAUAGAGAUAACUAGUAGAUGACAACAUCUUCCGUUUUCCUCACUCAUUGCAUCUUGUAACAAUACUUGUGCCUACGAAUAAAAUACCAGUUUAAC